GCAAAAAAUAUCACAUAUAUGCAUUGGAAAACAAAGCAUUUUUCUUUAGUUUCAUCAUUCUUUUCUUUCUUUUGGUUCUAAAGCUCCAAAUCCUCUGUUCUUUUCAAUAAUCCAUAUGGGUAAUUUGGGUCAUCAACAACUGCACAUUUCUUUCUUCCCCUUCAUGGCUCAUGGCCACGUGAUACCAACAGUAGACAUGGCAAAGCUAUUUGCUUUUCGAGGCCAUAAAACAACAAUAAUCACUACUCCUGCAAAUGAACCUCUCAUCUCCAAAACAAUCCAACGAACAAAAGAUUUGGGUUUCGAUAUCAAUAUUCAAAUCCUCAAAUUCCCUUCAGUUGAAGCCGGACUACCAGAAGGUUGUGAAAAUUUAGAUUCUGUUAUUUCAUAUGAUAAUAGUCAAGACAUUAUGGACAGAUUUUGGUUAGCCACUGCUAAGCUUGAAGAACCCCUUGAAAAGCUCCUUCAAGAAUUCAAACCUAAUUGUCUUGUGGCUGAUAUGUUCUUUCCUUGGGCUACUGAUGCUGCUGCCAAAUCUGGAAUUCCAAGAUUAGUGUUUCAUGGCACUAGUUUCUUUUCUUUGUGCGCCGGGGAAUCUAUUAGGCUAUAUGAGCCACACAAAAAAGUUUUAUCAGAUUCAGAGCCGUUUGUCAUUCCAAAUCUUCCAGGAGAAAUAAAGAUAACAAGAAAACAACUCCCCGUGUUUUUUAGAGAAGAAGCUGAAAAUAAUUUUACUAAGAUGAUUAAAGCAUCUAAAGAGUCAGAGUUGAAGAGCUUUGGAGUAGUUGUAAACAGUUUCUACGAGCUUGAGCAAGCUUAUGCUGAUCACUACAGAAAUGUUCUGGGGAGAAAAGCAUGGCAUAUAGGCCCAGUAUCAUUAUGCAAUAGAGGAAUGGAAGACAAAGCACAAAGAGGAAAAGAAGCUUCCAUUGAUGAACAUGAGUGUUUGAAAUGGUUAAAUUCCAAGAAGUCGAAUUCUGUUAUUUACAUAUGUUUUGGAAGUGUAUCUAGUUUCACUGACUCUCAACUUAAGGAAAUUGCAAUAGCUCUAGAAGCUUGUGGACAAAAUUUCAUUUGGGUAGUGAGGAGAAACCAGAAUAGUGAAAGAAAUGAACAAGAAUGGUUGCCAGAAGGAUAUGAGAAGAGAAUGGAAGGGAAAGGACUUAUCAUAAGAGGUUGGGCGCCACAAAUGUUGAUUCUUGAACAUGAAGCAACAGGAGGAUUUGUGACUCAUUGUGGAUGGAAUUCUACACUUGAAGGCGUGAGUGCAGGGAAGCCAAUGGUAACAUGGCCUGUGUCAGCUGAGCAAUUCUAUAAUGAGAAAUUAGUGACUGAAGUUCUGAAAAUUGGGAUUGGUGUUGGUGCCAAGGAAUGGGUUAGGUUGCAUGGGGAUUAUGUUAAAAGUGAAGCUAUAGAGAAGGCAAUUAGUAGAGUUAUGGAAGGUGAAGAAGCAGAGGAGAUGAGAAGCAGAGCAAGGAAGCUUGGAGAGAUGGCAAGACAAGCUGUUGAAGAAGGUGGAUCUUCUUGCUCUGAUUUCAAUACUUUAAUUCAAGAGUUGAGCUGUUAUCAUCAAUUAUCCUAACAUAAUUGAUGGGCAUAUUUUAGUUUUCCAUUUUCUUACUUCAGUUUCAGUUUCUCUCUUUUUAAGUUUUGUAUCUUCUCAAAAACUGUUUGGUUUUCAUUGGAUCUUCCAUCCUAUCUUCGUAAUGCAUAUCUUUCUUA